AUGUCUGAAAAUCAGCCUCUUUGCGCUCUAGUUUUUUUAACUUCACUCUUCUGCUCGGUAUGCUCACAGGGGACACGAUUCAUUCAUUCAGCUGCACUAGAUGUGGAUGGGAGAUACAACAUUAAGUGGGGAUUUGAUGAGUCCACGAUCACUUUUGAGGUAGAAGUGGAAACGAGAGGAUAUAUAGGAUUCGGUUUGUCACCGACCGGUGCGAUGUCCUCGUCUGAUAUCGUGAUAGGUGGUGUGCUCAGCGGAAGUCCAUAUCUGCUGGACUACUAUACAGACUCAAACAGAAAGGUCCAUAAAGAUGCGCUGCAGAGCUACCAGCUGCUGUACGGCAGAGAGAAUGACACACAUACCGUUCUGGCUUUCAGCAGAAACCUCCAGACCUGUGAUGACAAUGACAAAGUCAUUACGGGCAGUACAGUGAGAGUGAUCUGGGCGUUCCAUGCGGAGGAUGUGAGAGUGUCAGGACCAGUCUACCAUGGGACGAACAGAGGCAGAAAGAGUCUGCGAUUACUCAACCCUGGAACCAGCUCCAGCAUCCCAGCAGGAACAGCUUUCUUUGACCUUCAAAACGAGGAGGUUCCUGUACCGCAUAAGGAUACAACGUACUGGUGUCAGAUCUUUAAAUUUCCAGAGCUGAAGAAGAAACAUCAUAUAAUCAGAAUAGAGCCAAUGAUUCAGAAGAGUCAUGAGAAUCUGGUUCAUCAUAUUCUGCUCUACCAGUGUGACAGCGAUCUGAACAAGAGUGAGAUUAACAGAAGACAUGAAUGCUACCAUCCAAAUAUGCCAGACUCCUUCUUCACCUGUGAAACUGUCCUGUUUGCUUGGGCUAUUGGGGGAGAGGGCUUCACCUACCCUCCUCAUGUUGGAAUGUCUAUAGGAACCUCAAUAGACCCAGUCUAUGUACAAAUGGAGAUUCACUUCGAUAACCCAUCUUUACAAAGAGGGAUAGUGGACAAUUCAGGCCUGCGUUUGUACUACAGCCCCAGCUUGAGGCGCUAUGAUGCUGGGGUCAUUGAGACAGGAGUGUGGGUCAGUCUCUACCACAUGCUGCCCCCAGGCAUGCAGGAUUAUAUUACAGAAGGACACUGUACACAGGAGUGUCUCCAAGAGUCAUUAGACAGCGAGAUGCCCAGUGGAAUUCAUGUGUUUGCAGUUCUGCUCCAUGCUCACCUGGCAGGACGGGCUAUAAGAGCCAGACAUUUCCGCCAGCAGGUCGAGCUCCAGCCACUAGCCUCAGACGAUCAGUUUGAUUUCAACUUCCAGGAGUUCCAGCCGCUCAGCCAGGAGAGGAUCAUCCUGCCUGGGGAUUCUCUAAUCACUGAAUGUAGAUACAACACUAAAGGCAGAAUGAACAUGACCUGGGGAGGUCUUAGUACACUGGAUGAGAUGUGUUUGUCAUAUCUGCUGUACUACCCCAGGGUCAACCUAACCAGGUGUGAAAGUUUACCAGAAAUCAUCGGCCAGCUUAAAUUCAUUGGGGUCAAAGAGAUCCACGAGCCUGUUACAACUUGGCCCUUUGUGAUUAAGAGUCCUAAGAAAUACAGCAACCUCUCCUUCACGGAGGCCAUGGACAAAUACAAGUGGACAAGGAAGAGAGGGAAAGCAUUCAACGACAUUGUACGCAAACUCCCCAUGAACGUUCGCUGCUCCAAGAUCGGCCAGGAUGAGUGGUCGAUUCAAGGGGUGAUCAUCUCUCCUCCAGAGCUGAAGUCAGAGCAGACGUCGGCUGCUGUCGUGGCCUGUAGGAAUGUCUCAGAGAUUCAAUGUGGACGCUCCCUCGCUCUGCUCCUCACUGCAUGUCUUUUGCUCAUUCUACAGACCUGCUUACACCUCUAAUGUCUGCUGUAAUCUCAGCCCCCAUGCCCACUCAUAAACAUACAUACAGCAGGUUCCCAUCAGGCCUUGUGUUUCCCAGAAACAGUGAUGCUCAAGAUUUACAUCACUCUUACUUAGCCUAAAUCAAUUUUAUCACUAGCACUGAUCACAACUGUGCUGUAUUCCUGUAGGAUGUAGGCAUCAUGCAUGCUUCACAUGGAAUAUCCUUGGUUAACAGAUACUGCGGUCUUGACAGCCUCUCUAACAAAUGCCUCACCAUAGUUGUAAAUCUUAAUAAUCUCACCACAUGUUUGAAAUAGGCUGUCACACUCCAGUACACCACAAUUUAUGUCUUGUGGGUUAAAGGGAUAGUCCACCCUAAAAUUUACAUUUUGUCAUCAUUUACUCAUUCUCAUGUCAUUCCAGUUCUGUAUGGCAUUCUUCUAUGGAACACCAAAAAAAAUUGUAUUGGUGUUUAUUUUUGUAUAUUCAUUUAAAGUCAAUGAGUUCCACUGUUGUGUUGUACCCCAUUGACUUUCAUUGUACGAACAAAAACAGUCAGAACUUCUUUAUGAGCACUGUCAUGCAGUCUUCCUCAGAAGUGGUGUAAAUUUUUCAAUACAUUCCUGUCGCAUUGGUAGUUUUAUUAAAAGUAAAAAAAAGUGAAAAAUGCUUUUAAAAAGUCACUGUCUAACACAUGCAAAUGCAUUCAGCCCAGAGCUCUGCGCAUUGUGUUCCUCUCAUUAUAAGCUCAAUAUGUGUUUCAUAAAGA